AAACUUUUACUUUGCUGGCUCGGAUCUGAUCGGUCGACCAUGACGAAACCACAAGAAGCAAGCGGCUUGCCGCUACAUGUACCACGAAGCCGACUAUUUCAUUAGUAAUAUAGGUGCCAUUGCGGAGUGUUUCGGCCAUUGUCGAGGAGAGGAAAGAAAAGGGCAUAGCUUCCGCAUUUGACUACGAAUUACGAAGUUUUGGAUUGACUGACUGGAGAGGUGGAUCGACACCUUGUUUCGUGUAUCGGAGAGGCUCCGACUGUUUACCCUCUGUUAACCUCCCACUGGUCAACAACCAUUAGACUAGCAACAAGUUCCGUUUUCCAUCUUCUGGUGCAACAAAUAUACAGAGGAUUGUCUCAGAAUGUGGAAAAAUGGUGUUGCAGAUGUGGAUACCGUACCGCCUUUGUGCAUUCAUUCCCACGAACCACAUUGACAACACACAUGGUUGGCUAAGAGAGUACGAGCAAUGGCCACCGACUGAUAAAGAUGUUGGCCAUUCCUCCUCUUCCGGUUCAUUAUUUCGAUACCUCUACCUUUACUGUACCGAUACCGGUAUCAAGAUGAUGUCACGUCGUUUACGUUCUCUUCUUUACUUAUUUACAGCGGCUACUCCACUACCAUGACAGGCUCCUCUUGUUUGGUUAGCGGGCAGCGGUAGCCGUUCGACGAUCGUUCGAUCGUUCGAUGCGUUCGAUGGAUCGAGUCGGUCGGUCGAUGACUUCUUCCUUCUUUCGGUGGACGAUUACUUCCACGGAGCGACCAUGACGCCUUCACUGCAAAAAGCGGAUACUGCUCUAUGCAGAGUUCGAUCCACCGGAGUGUCGUAGUACAACAUCUCCCCAUUCCAUCCCGUCCAAGGUUGUGGCGGUAGAGCGUUUGUUGAGCUCGGCGCGAAGUUCUCGAGGCGAUCGUUGCCAAGGUAUCAAUCGUGGAAAACAAGUGGGUUUCUCCGAACGUUCGGUUCACGCCCUGAGGCCAUUCAAAUCCAAUGCAAGCCACGACGGCGCUUUGGUGGGCGAUUUGUUCCGUUCAGAAAGAUCCAAACUGGGACCAUCGCCUCCACUCCUCUCACUUUCCUUGAUUUGACGAGGUCAACAAGGGAUUGCCAUCGACGAUUCAUUCAGCAUACAUUCAAAUAAUCCGCCGUGUUGUCUUUCACCAUGGCCGACCCACUAGAAGACCCACUAGAUUUCCCUCUAGUCGACCCAAGCACCGUGCCAUCUCUGAAAGAGGCGCACCCCAUUGUGGCUAAAACCUACGAAGCCAAAAUGGAAAAUGGGGAACCCCCCUUUGGUACGGUGAUUCCCGGCUUGCCGCAAAACACAUCCAGCAUCGAUGCGAUCAUGGAUUGGCUCAAGCAGCAUCUCCGCCGCGGUCCCAUUAGCAAGUUGGCGGACGCCAAAGAAGCGUGUGCGGAAGUUCUAGACAACAUUCAAAACACCGAGGAAACAACCAUUGGCAAGCUGUUGCUUGGGGUGGCGCGGCGCAAUCGUGGGGGUCGAGGAAACCCUGCUUCGCUGUGUUACAAGGACAACAAAGUGGCACUGGCGAGUGCCCUUCGAUACGACCAUACCGAGCUGCGUCAUCUCGACAACAGCAUCAGAGGUUCCUUGCUUGAUGGUUUGCGAAUCUGGCCUGGGGCCAGCGAUAGUACUUUGUAUGAGGUGGAAGAUGGUAACCCCGAUCUAAUUCUCAUUGGCAGUGAUCCACCACAGUUGGCAACCACCCUCAAAAAAGCUGUCUACCUCGUAGCCGCCGUCAUGGACGCUCACGAAGUCGUUGACUCAAUCGAUAAAUUCGAUCCAGAGGACCCAAACAAAACAAAUGUCAAAGCGGCGAUCGACGACACGAUUUACCACCUCCGAACACUCUACGGCUUCACAUUUCAGGCUUCCUGGUUUCAUCCUCUCCUCGACUUGUGGUUCCCACGUCGUCACCGCCGCCGCCGAUCUCGGAGUGAUUCACCCGCAGCAGUAGCAGACCCACUUCUUGAAGUCCUUGGCGCCGAACCUGGGGAGGAUUUGGUCGAGGAUUCAUCGUCUCGUCGCCCAGCACAGGCCGACCCGGAAGUUGUGCUGGAUGCAACGAAACAACUGCGUGUUGACACAGAGAACUUGCGUGCAGAAGAAACCAUUGAUCGGAUCUUGGACGCGCUGGAAGAUCGCCAAGCCCUGUGCGCCCGUAUGUUGGACCAGAAUGAUCGCAUCAUGGAACAGAACGACAGAGACAUGGGACAGCUUCAACUUCUCUUGGAAUCGUUGACGAAGGAGGGUAAGACGGUUGAUGGAGCAGCAGCAGUCGACCCUCGUGUUGCCACAGCCGAAUUGCUUAUUGCCGAAGCUAUUCGUAUCGCUUUGAGGGGCCUUGCUGUCGGCGAGCGUAUGCUUGAGCAUGUGGUCGGUGUCAGUGAGCGGAUUAUCGGUGUCGCUGAGGAUAGUACGGCGGCAGCCCACCGGCUCUUGGACCAUGCAGGAGUUCCUGAGCGCCGGGCUCGGCCCACACACCGACGCGCUGAGUCGGCACGAGAACGGGCACUUGCCGUGUCGGACGAUGACGAUACGGAUGAAGAUUAUGAUGACGGCGAGCGGGCUCCAGCUGUUCGUCGUCGCCGUCGCCGAGCCAACGACCGCCGCUAGAUGGGCGAAGACAUGCGUGCCGGUCUGCAAUAGAGGAAGAACAAGUGGCAUUUAGCGUUUCUGCUCCGCGGACAGGUGUCAUUUGUCAACUACAUGCGAACAAGUAUUCAAGCAUCAGGAUUAUACAGCAGCCCAUGCCGAGGUGCUAGCCAGCUGCUAGUAGAACUAACGCACAAUAAUACCGGUACUUGGCAGCUGACCAGCCCUGUCGUAGACGUCUAAGCGCCAGCAACCAUCCUGAGGACUCCAUAGUAUUCACGCUUUGUCUCUUGGCCCUCC